UCUCAUACGUGAUGCAUAGAUGCUACAUAUCGCGAAACAUGGCUCUUUCUCCUUGCACAUUUGGACGGCUACUCUUUUCGGGGAUUUCCCCUAGGAUUUGCGGUGUUUCAGCACUAAAACUAAAAGAACUAAGACAACCAUCUAGGAACCAAGGAAACUAUGUACCAGUUGAUGAUGUUGUAUCAGGACUCACAGAGGAGCAACAGCAGCUCCGAGAAACUGUAUUCAAAUUUGCCCAGCAGGAGUUGGCACCCUAUGCGGCUGAAAUCGAUGCCAAAAAUACAUUUGAUAACUUGAGGGAAUUCUUUAAGAAGAUGGGCAGUAUGGGUUUCCUUGGAAUCACUGCACCAGAGGAGUAUGGAGGAUUGGGAGGAAGUUACACUGAUCAUGUGGUCAUCAUGGAGGAAUUAUCGAGAGCGUCUGGAAGUAUAGGUAUGAGUUACGGAGCCCAUUCCAACCUCUGUGUCAAUCAGCUUGUAAGGAAUGGGAACGAGGACCAGAAGGCAAAAUAUCUGCCCAAGCUUAUCAGUGGAGAGCACAUUGGAGCCCUAGCAAUGAGUGAAUCUGGAAGUGGAUCUGAUGUUGUUUCCAUGAAGCUCAAGGCAGAACGAAAAGAUGACCACUAUUUGUUGAAUGGCAGCAAAUUCUGGAUUACCAAUGGACCCGAUGCAGAUGUACUGGUAGUCUACGCCAAAACAGACCUUGGUGUAGAACCAAGCCAAGGCAUCACAACAUUCCUCAUCGAAAAGGGCAUGGAUGGAUUCAGCACCGCACAGAAGCUCGACAAGCUGGGUAUGAGAGGGUGUGACACGUGCGAACUGGUCUUUGAAGAUUGUAAAGUUCCGGUUGAGAAUGUGAUGGGGUCCCUGAACAAAGGAGUCUAUGUCUUGAUGAGUGGUCUGGAUCUGGAGAGGCUGGUUCUGGCUGGUGGACCAAUCGGUUUAAUGCAAGCAGCUUGUGAUGUAGCAUUCCCAUACCUUCAUCAAAGAAAGCAGUUUGGUCGACCUAUCGGAGAGUUUCAGUUAAUGCAAGGGAAGAUGGCUGAUAUGGUCACGAGGUUAAAUUCAGUCAGGUCGUACGUCUACAACGUUGCUCGUGCUGCGGAUCGGGGUCACGUGAGCGCCAGGGAUUGCGCAGGGGUGAUUCUUGUAGCCGCCGAGACGGCAACACAGGUCUGCUUAGAUGCCAUUCAGUGUUUAGGGGGUAAUGGAUACAUCAAUGACUAUCCUACCGGUCGGCUGCUCCGUGAUGCCAAGCUCGCUGAGAUUGGAGCAGGGACCAGCGAAAUCAGAAGACUUGUCAUUGGACGGUCAUUCAAUGAAGAAUUCAAAUCUACACUCUAAAAAACAUCACUUAUUAUUUUGUCAA